AUGGGCGGCGCAUUGCAAGCCGUCUCGACCAAGACGUUGCCGGCAGCAUCCGACCUACCCGCGAACUCGCUCCCACCGCGCGCUUCCACCUCGAAACUUGCCCUGCUCACUUCCUCCCCCUCCGCGCCCGACUCGAAACUCGCCUUGUACCGCACAUCAGCGGCUGCCGAUCUCGUAUGGGAGUGGACGCCCUCUCCACCGCCCGUCGAUCCGUCUGCAGGAGGGCCGAAACCAGGUGGAAGGCUUGGCCUGGGAUUGAAGGGGAAGGGGAAGGCAGCUCAGGGUGCUGGGGGAAAAAUCGAGCAGGUCGUUUGGAGUCCUACAGGAACCGCCAUUGGCACCCUUGUUUCCCCGGCUUCCGCCUCUGGCCCGCGAAACCCUUCCCUUGCCCUUCUCUCGGUACAGACCGGCACACCCAUAUCUCCACCCAUACCUCUGCCUGCCGCGGCCCCGGCCAACCCGCCGACUAGCGGGUCCCGCUCUCAUCUUUCGUGGCAGGCCCUCCCAUCGACUGCACAACCCCCCGAUCGCCUCCUCACGUCGUUCUCGCUCGACUUGAUACGGCGACUACCUGCGCUGCCGAAGAUCGCGAAGGAGACUCUCCCUUCUGCUGGCGAUGGGGCAGCUCCUGGUCCAGGCAUCGGGCUCGCUGGUGCGCGAAUAGGAGGGCCGGGCGGAAGUGGCGGAGCGGGUGUCUUCGGCGCGAAGCAGGCCAUGCUUGAGCGAGAACGGGCGAAAGAGGCGCAGCGGGCGCUGAGCAUGCGGAGCGCGAUUGGUGAAGAAGGGCGGUUUCCGAGGUUGGCGGCAAUGGGCGGGGCGUUGGUCGGAACGGACGCGCCAGAGUUCGGCGACGAAGCGGUCAGGGCUAUCCUGCGACCUCAAGAAAGCGGUGACGGCCGGGCGGAGGAUGAGAGCGUGUUGUGCGCGGGCGGCGCAGACGGCGCGGUCCACGUCUUCCUAGGCGGAAGCGUCUACCUCGGAUCCAUCGGCGUCGGUGGGAAGGUCCACGCCAUCACCGCUGUGCCGUCGUCGCCGGAUCUUGCGGAACCGGCUAUCUCCGUCCUUGUCCACCACUCCACCUCUUCCACUCCACUCGCCGUCAGUCGCGUCGAUAUUCCCACGCCCUCGACCCUCCCGACUGUCUUACACGUCUCUUCAACCCUCAGCGCGCACUUCGAACACGCGUUCGAGGCGUUGCAGGGCGCGCGGAAUAUGUGGGACGAAGCGAGGAGGAUCGGGAAAGGCUGGCUGCAGAGGAUCGCAGACGUCAGUCGACCUCACGGAGUUACGACGCCUCCGACUACGCAGCUUCACCUUCUCCUCCUCACCGGCCGACCAACUCGCUCGCUGCACGAUUUUCUCGCCUCGAAAAUGAAUGAACGAGUCCUCGUCAAGUGGGAGCAAGCGAUGGGUGCGGCACUCGAACGCCUGCGGAAGGUCGCCUGGAUGAGCGUCAUUCCCGCGCUCGAGAGGAUCGUCGUGAUGCUGAAGGAGGUCGAGGCGUGGUCACUAUGGCCCGACAAGUUCGCCCCGUACAGCUUCUCGCAGGUCGAGGUCCGCCAGGUCAUCUGUCUCGCUUGCAAAGCGAUUGCGGCGAUGGCUCGGAUGCAGCGCGAGGUCGAGGAAGAGGAGCGUUGCUUUAAGCAGUUCGGCGCCUGGCUUCAUUUCGAACUCGACAAGGUCGCCCAGCAAGAAGGAUCCGAGAUUCGGCCUCUCGCGAACUUCUUCCCGCUGCCCGUUUCGCAUUACGUCCGCCAUUGCCUACCGGCGACCGGCUCGCAGAUCUCGAUGUACCUCUCCUUCGGCCUUGCCACGGCUCCCCUGUCAGCGAAUGGCGACCUGCGCGCGGCGGAGGAGUGGCUCAAUUCGCGUACGGCGCAGUCAGCUCGGUCGGAUCAAGCGGUUCAGCGUUCCUCGGCAGAAAGCGCGGGAGCGUCGCUGAAGGAGAUGCUCAAGCGGAUGGCCGAGGAACUACGUGGUCAGGUCGACGCCAGCGAGCUCGAGGUUCGCCGACUUGAUCAGCAGCUCGAUCUCGAUAUCGUCGCGCCGGUGUACACAUCGUCGACCGACCAAGAUGACAAGCUCUCUUCCGAUCUUCAGCGGGACUUGCCAGCACCCGCCUUUGCCCUCGCUCAUCCAGCGUCGGCACUUGAUCCAGAGUACGAAGCUCGACCGCCCUCCCGCUCCACCGUCGACGUGACUGCGGCAGCCCAUGCCGAGUCAUCGCCGACACAGAGUAUCCCUGUUCUUCUGCAUCUUGCCGUCAGGUCUGCCGCCGUCCUGAUGGACCGCGCAGUCCGUAAAGCCACGGGCGAUCGGGCUAGUCGCAGCGCUGCCGAGGGACCGGACGUCGGUUCAGCUACAGCGAUAGCGGUGCGAACGAUGCUCGAGCGGGAUCAGCGGCGUCACCUCAUUUACGAGUUGUGCGUCGCUGGCGACACUGUCUACUUCUCGAAGCGAGACCCUGUUGGCGGCUCACCCGUCGUUCAAUACGUCGCACACAAGCUUGUCACCGCGGACGGCGUCUCGCUACGACCGAUGCACUUCGACUUCUCCGGGCCGCAGGGGGUGGUCUUUGCCUUUGACCGCGCUGCGGCUUCGCCCUUCCUCGUUACGGUGGACCUUGCCGCCCUCAAGUGGGAAGCUUCGCUUGCACCGCCCGGCGGCCCUCUACCUAUUGCUUCCCAGUAUUCGCUCGCCGAGCACUUCCCGCCGACAGCACUCGCCUUCUCCCGCUGCACCGACGAUGAACCCCUCGUGGCGUCGUUAGCGGCUGAAGGACGGCGCUUCGAAGUCCUCAAACUCGCAGCGAACAGGGCAGAUGUCGACAUGCAAUCUUGA